AUGAGCAACGGUAGCGCUAAUGAGCUUCUGUCUGCGACAUCUUGUCCCUCACUUUCGCCCUCGCCUUCCCCGUAUCCACGAUCUGUCAUUUCAGAGCAAGACUUUGAUUUCUGCGACCCACGCAACCUCACUGUUGGCUCUGGAGCUUCCCCAAACCCUCCUGCAAUCAAGACAUCCGCUUGUAUCGAAUUCCCUUCAUUGCCCACUCUGUGCGCAGGCGACGACGAAGAACACAGGUACAUGCUAGCGGGUGAGACAUUUAGCAAGGCUGCCGAGAUUCACGCGAGAACAUUCAAUUUCUCCACGUCAACCUCUCAACACGGGCUGCCAACCUUCGACCAAUUCUCUGAUCUCGACUCCGAGGAGGAUUUCGUCAACGGCCUCGUCAACUUUCCCUCAACCGACAACGUCCAGUUCUUCGGCACCAAGAGGCAACGCACCUGUUCUGGCUCAGACCUUGUCUCCCUUGACCACGAGCCUUUCAUCAGCGAGGACGACUUCGAAGACUUCGAGGAUUUCGAGGUAUCCGAGCAAUUCGCUGCCGCUUGCCUCCCAAGCCCACCUGCAUCGGGCUCAGAGACUGAGGUCAAGAAGGAGAAGCGUAACAAGAAGUCCAAGAAGGCCCACUGCGACGAGGACAGCUCCGAGUUUGACAACCUUGUUAGAUCUCGAAAGUACACCGUGCCAAUGAACGCCGCCAGCGGAGCUCCAGCUGAGGAGACUGCCACCGAGCAACAAUCCACCGCCGCGAGCCAAUCUGGUUCAUCCGAGACUAAUGGUGCUAAUAACACCGGUACUGGAUCUGAUGCCGGCAACACACCCAAGCAGCCAUCUGUCAACCGCCGUGGCCGAAAGCAAUCUCUUACCGAAGACCCCUCGAAGACCUUUGUUUGUGAGAUCUGCAACCGCCGCUUCAGACGCCAGGAACACUUGAAGAGGCACUACCGCUCCCUCCACACUGGUGACAAGCCAUUCGAAUGCCAUGAAUGCGGCAAGAAGUUCUCCCGCAGUGACAACCUGUCCCAACACGCUCGCACUCACGGUAGUGGUGCAAUCGUUAUGGGUGUUCUUGAGGAUGGUGAGCUACCUAGCGACCACCCGGAAUCAGCCAGCGAAGGCGAGCAAGUCAAUACGAUGGGCAACAUCCUCUUCCGGGUUGCAGCUGGUAUCUCUGGCAGCGAUACCGAUCCGUCAUCGGACGGCAGCACUGACAACGACAGCCAAGGUCGUAAGAAGCGCAAGCGUUCUGAAUAA